AUGCCAAAAAGGAAAAGGUCGGACGAGGAGGAUUUUGAAAAGACCUUUGAGCGCUUCAACAAAGAGCUCUUCCGGGCGCUCAAAGUAGCCAAGGGCUUUGAGAGGCAGCGGCUGGCAAAACGAGUUAAAGAUGUGAAGCUGCCCCAGGACAAGAUUCAGCGGCUGGAGCAGGAGGUGGAGGUGCUCAAGGCUUUGGAUCUUCACCAAGCUGCACAAGCCCACCUUUGUUCGGCUUUGUUAAAGGUCAAGGCGGCAGCUCAAUCACCGCUGCUUCCGGAAGCCAUCAAAAACGGCGUGCCGAAGCCGGAAAUCUCAGAGGAGGAACGCCACGCACUGCACAACGUGACCAGCGCUCUUUACAAGCGCAACCAGGUUCGUGCCGUCAUAUCGGCUGCUAUUCCCGCCCUCUGCCAGAGUCUUGGGGUAUCGCCGCCCGGUGAUAAAUCCAAGGCAAAGGCCGAUGCUACUACUUCAUCUAAAAAGGAGUUUAGUGAUGAUUCCUCAGCCAAGGUUUCGGCGGCCAAGUUGUUGCAAGAAAGGCGAAAAGGCCGGGCGGACCAAUCCUCUGGGGAAGAGGAGGAUUCGUCUUCGAAUGAAGAUGGAUACGAAUCAGAAGAAGAGCUGGACGACGAGACCAUCGAUCGAAUGGAGGCAAUGCUUGGCGACAGCUCGUCAGAGGAGGAAAUGGACUCGGACGGUGAAGGUGUCGCCAGCUUGAAACGCCUAGCUCAGCGUAGCAGCCUUGACGACGACAUAUCACUUCCUGGAAGCGAUUCCGCUCCCGAAGAAGAAUACCCCGAAGAUGACGAAGUCACAAUUCCAUCAUCCUCAAGCUCUGAAUCCGAGCCCGAGGCAGCGGCACCGCCACCCAAAAAGGCCAAAAAGAAGGAAAGGAAGACGAAGCCAAUGAGGGAUGAAGAGAUAGUCGAGUCAGUAGCAUUGCCGACCCUGAUGGGUGGCUAUAUAUCCGGAUCGGAGGAAGCAUCAGAUGUCGAUGUGGCACCGGCGCCCCGCAAGAACCGUAGAGGUCAGAAGGCGCGUCAGGCCCUUGCGGAAAAGAAGUACGGAGACAAAGCCAAACAUCUCAGCAAGCAAAAGGAGGCCGGCUGGGAUCCUAAGAGGGGUGCUGUGGAUACCGGCGACGGCAAGCCGUGGAAAAGGGGGGUGCGAAAUCCGCUACAGCAGAAAAAGGAUGGUGACAGUAAGGGUCCUAAGCAAGAGGAGGCCAAAAAGCCUGAGAAGAAGAGCCGAGAUGACGAUGGUCCUCUUCACCCCAGUUGGCUUGCCAAGAAGAAGGCCAAGCAAGCCCAAGAGAAUGCGUCUUUCCAAGGAAAGAAGAUAACAUUUGAUUAG